AGAAGAUGGAGUUGUUAGGUACAAUAGUUGAAGAACUCAACAUCUCAACCAUUUAUACCAUUUUGGGCAUCUUGUUUGCAGUUUUAGUGUAUUUCUACAGGCCAUACUGGGUUGUGAGAAAAGUCCCUGGCCCUCCAGCACUCCCCCUUGUAGGGCACCUUCCCUUGCUUGCUAAGUAUGGCCCUGAUGUUUUCACAGUCAUGGCGAAACGAUACGGCCCUGUCUUCAGGUUUCAUAUGGGGCGGCAGCCAUUGGUGAUCAUAGCAGAUGCAGAGCUUUGUAGAGAAGUUGGGAUCAAGAAAUUCAAAGACUUCCCAAAUAGAAGCAUUCCAUCUCCCAUCUCUGCCUCCCCUCUGCAUCAGAAAGGCCUGUUCUUCACGAGGUUUGAUUUUUAUUGUUAGUAGCUAACAUCCUUAUAGACCGCCCUCACA